AGUGGAGAAUCGACCGGCAGCAAGGCCGCAGUUUUCGGCGUCGAGAUGCUCCUGCUAAAGCACGCCCUCCAGUGGUACAAGACCAUCAUUGUGGAACCUCUAGAUCCACGCCCAACACAAUGGCCGUUCACAGGAAACUUAAUGUGCCCCUUGGGAAUAAUCGCGUUGUAUGUGUGGAUUGUCAAACACAAAGGACCAGAGCUCAUGGCGAACAGGAAAGCCUUUGAUCUCAAGUGGGUGCUCGUGGCCUUCAAUGCGUCGCAAGUCAUCAUCAACGCAUACCUUUUCUAUUUGGCAUUAUCAUUAGGAUGGCUGAACGGAUACAGCUUACGUUGCCAACCUGUGGAUUAUAGCACAUCCGAACUGGCAAUGGAGAUAGCAUGGGGCGUCUACUUAUAUUAUGUGGUUAAACUUGUGGAUCUUCUGGACACUGUGUUCUACGUCAUGCGAAAGAGAGAUCGACAGAUAUCGUUCCUGCACGUCUACCACCACGCCGGCAUGGUCCUUCUCAGCUACAUCGGAGCAUGCUACUUUCCAGGAAGUGAAGGAAUUACAAUUCUUGAGUUAAAAUAUUAA